AUGGCCCUCGACGCAAUGGACCUCGAUACCACGCCCGCACCCACAGACGUGGAGCGCAAACGCAAGCACAAGAACAAGGAUGCCGUGCCGUCCAAGAAGCGCAAGCAAGUCGAACAAUCCGGCGACAAGACCAAGUCCAGUUCCAAAAAGGAUAGGACAAGCACAAGCUCGACUGGCGCUGGCGCUGGCACUACUCUCGCAGAAGCCUCUGGAUCUCCUUUCUCCCUCACCACUGCCACACUAUACCUGCCGCUGGCGCCAAUUUCCAUCUCGUCGACCGUUGCACUACAAUCGCUGCUCACGGAGCAUAUCUCCCCGCUGCUUCUCACUUACUACCCCCCGCUGAAGGGUAUCGUCCUGGCCUACAGUCAUGCCUCGAUCUCCGCGACACCACCUUCCUCUAUACCCCGCAAUUCCUCCUCCGAUCCUAACCCCAAGCCGCUCACCAUGGCCCGCAGUGCCGACGAGUACGGCGUGCUGUACGUCUACCUGACCGCUACAUUCCUGAUAUUCCGCCCGCAGCGCGGCCAGACCCUCGAGGGCUGGGUCAACGUCCAGUCGGAGGGCUUCCUGGGAGCCGUCGUGCUGAACUUGUUCUCCGUCGGUAUCGAGCACAAGAGACUCCCCACAUCGUGGACGUGGGUGGCCCCCGGCGAAGACGGUGAGACGUCUGAGAACGCCGUCAAAGACGCAACCACGGACGACGAGUCCGGCGCAAGUGCCGUGCCGCCCAGCUUCGAUGCUGAGAAGGAGCUUUUCCAGCCUGCUGCGCUAGCAGAUGAUGAGCUCGAUAUUGAGGGCGAGGCGGAGGAGGAGGAGGAGGCGACUAGUGGAUACUUCCAGUCUAUCUCUGGUCACAAGGUGCGCGGGAAUAUCAAGUUCCGUGUUGUCGAUAUCGAUGUGAUUCCGGGCUCGGAACGGGAUCGCGGGUUCUUGAGUAUUGAGGGGACGAUGUUGACGGUUGAGGAGGAAGAGGCGCUUUUUGCGGCGGAGAAACAGGGUCAGGCGCUGCCGCCUUCGUUUUUCGGUUCGCCCAUGAAGAAGAAUGGUCGGAUUGUGCCGAUCUCAAGCUCGCCGGCUGCGGAUGCGGUGGUUGACGUUUCCGUUGUGGAGAUUGAAGAGCCUACUGGUGAGAGUGUGAGCGAGAAGAAGAAGAAGAAGAAAGAAAAGGAGGAGAAAAAGGACAAGUCCAAGUCCAAGGAGAAGAAGGAGAAGAAGGAAAAGAGCAAGAAAUAG